GUGGCAAUCAUAGGUGUCAGUUGACAAGUAAUGUUGGCAAUAAUUCUAAUAUUGCUGUGCUAGAACUUCAUCAGCACCUCGUUAUAAACUGUUCAACAACUCAAAAAAGUAGCAGUAAUCUCACAUUUGAAUGGAAUAAGGAUAGGCCGUAUCGUGUGAAAAAGAUCGGAGUACCAUCCAUAAAUAUAUCAGAUGUUGCAUGGAAUGACGCUGGAAGAUAUGAGUGUAUCAUUAAACAAAACCGAAGUUUGGAAUCAUGUGACUUCACUGUCAUAGUUAAAAGUAUGUAAUUUAUGUUCGCAUAAUUUACUUAAUCUGAAAAGUACCUGCAGUCCUGUCAACCUCAAAAAUUCAAAACAGAGAGAUUUUUUCCCAAAUCUUCUCGUCACUUCAUUCCAAAAUGUCUUUUUCAAUUCUUCUUAUUACAUGUUCACACAGGGAUGGAUCAUACUGGGGUGUGUGGGGGGGGGGGUACACCAGCCCUGGCCAUAGGGGGUGCAGGGGGAGUGCUAUUUUUCAUGACAAAGCAAAAAAUAUUGGAGACAAAAUGAGAUACAGUAAUUUGAGUAAUAACAUGAUGAUAAAUGAACUGUAAACAACAAUUACAAUUGAAAUACAGUAGUCAAGCAAGACUUAAAGUUUGCAUUAGUCAAUCAGGUUGAUGGGCCUAAAUUGUUUCCCUCCCCCUUCUCUGCAAUGUCUACCACCCUACAUCUUCUUCUGAUCUCUUCAUUCCAUAAUGUCUUUGACCAGCUCUCCUUCAUCUCUUAUUAUGUGUCCAUACCAUCUCAACCUUGCUUCCCUCGCCUUCUCUGCAAUGUCUAUCACCCCACAUCUUCUUCUGAUCUCUUCAUUCCAUAAUGUCUCUGACUACCUCUCCUUCAUCUCUUCUUAUUACGUGACCAUACCAUCUCAACCUUGCUUCCCUCAUCUUCUCUGCAAUGUCUAAUACGUUAUGUCACCUUUAUUUAAAAUGUAGUUUCUUUUAUUUUUCACAGCUUUGCCACAUGUGACAAUAGUUGGAGUCGACGUAUUAACAAAUACUUUGAUUGUGCCGUGCCUGGUAACAGGUUACUUCAAACCAAACAAAGUUAUUUGGUACAAAAAUAAUAAGCAAAUCUUUCCAAAUGACACAGGCUACUUUGUAAAAAACCUAAACAAAAACUAUUUUCUGUUUGUAUCGAAGCUCCAGAGAAGUCACGCAAAUUUAAAUGACUCUGGAAACUACUCGUGUGAGGCGAGGAAUAUAUAUGGAACGUCGCCAAGAACAUAUCACUACAUAUCAAAGUGUUUUAUUAAUAGUAAGUACACACGUGGAAACGCACAAGUUGUAACAAACCUGCAGCAAACUUGUAGUAAUGCUGUUCCAACAACUUGUCAACAGGAUGUGUUCGUACUGCUUGUUCCCAACUUGUUGACAAGUUGACGGUUGUUGACAAGUUGUCAACGGCUUGUUUAAAACUUUUGUUACAAGUUGUUCAAGCAACUUGUUAUUGUCCUGGAAUUCAACAAGUUGUGAGUGAUAACCUUGUAGCAACUUGAUAAAUAACAGCAUUGUUACAACUUGUUGUAAAGCUUGCUACAAGCUUGUUGCGAAUAUAUAUAUAUAUAUCUUGUUGACAAGUUGUGAGAUUUUUAUAUGUGUAUACUACGUGUAACUAUAUCAGUUCUUUUUUUCCAAUAGGCUUUGUGCUUGAGAAAUGCGCCGAAUUUAAAAACAAGACAAGAAAAAUUGAUGUGACGAUCAGCUUGGGGUCUUCAACGUCAUUACUGUGCGAAGUAAUGUAUUUUACCAUCUUUCCUUCAUUCUUUAAAUUCUUGAAAAUAGUCAACCAGAAGUUCGUUAAUAUUGGCGGUAACGAUACUAAAAACAUUUUAAAAAAAGAAAACAAAAUAAGCAACAUAGUCAAGUUGAUAAAUUAUACAAUCGUGAAUGCAUCAAGAAAUGAUACUGGCACAUACAAGUGUGAUUUUAUUAAUAAGAACGUCUUCUUUUGCCCGAAGAAUCUUUAUAAAGUCUUCAAUGUGAAAGGUAUGCUAUAUAUAUAUAUAUCAUAGAAUGACAUAGUCCGGCAAGCAGGGAAACGUCAUCCCAGUUGUUACCAUCUUGUAACCAACGGACUCGCAACAAGUUGUUUCAAGUUCCAACAAGUCUGAUAUCGUCUGCACGUAACAAGUUGUUAACAAGUUGAUAACAACAAGCUCGUAGCAACUUGUUACGAACAGCCUGUAUGAGUCUUGUUGGAACAACUUGUAGCAAGUCUGUUACCGUCAUCAACCUUGUAUAAACAAGGCUAUUACUUAGCUCAUUUUUUCUCUCACUGGUAUCUGCAGUCAUCGCUUCUUCACCAUUGAAUAAAAAGAAACUAAAUCUGGUCGUGGUCAUUGCUGUGAGUGUCACGGGAGCUUUGUCUGGUGUGGCUUUAAUUCUGUACGUUUAUCACUUGCGGAGGAAAUCGAAGGCACGAUUGUAUGGUAAGAUAACAUAUCCUGAAAUUAAAAUGUGAUGUUAAAAUGAUUUCACUUUCGGCAACGAUGAAGUCAUUGCAUGUGUUGUCUCUUGCGCCAGCACCGCGAUCAGUAAAUUUGGCCACGUUGCUUUGCCCUGUGCGAGAAAGAAUGAUGGCAUGGAUCGCGCUAUUCACCGGAAAUCGAGCGUGGUCAUGCGCUGUUAUCAUCGCGCGUUUAAUUUAAGUCCCAUAAAUUAUGUAUGUCUCUCUAUCUAGAUAUCUGUCCGGAUGAUCAACCAGAGUUACGUUGGGAUGUGUUCGUCUCCUACAGCAGUCACGAUUUUGUUUGGGUCAAUGAGCUCUGCCAAAUGUUAGAACAACCUCCCUUUAAUCUGAUCGUGUGUUUACACCAAAGGGAUUGGGAGCUAGGCCGCAGUCUGCAAGACAAUAUGGUAGAUUCGAUCUAUUGCAGUCAUAAGACCUUGAUUAUUGUAUCAAAACACUAUUUGCAAAGCGAAUAUUGUAUGCAGGAACUACAGCUUGCAAUGCACAGUGAAAUAGCUUCGGAACAUGUGCGGAAAGACAGAAUAGUUCUGAUCAAGAUCGACGAUGUUUCUACACAACGCUUGCCGAGAGUUUUAAGACAAAAAUCCUACCUUGAUAGUUCUGACCCCGAGCAUGCGAAACAUUUUAAAACUAAUCUGUUGCGUGUUUUGCCAAGACGAGAAUUGAUGGAAGAAGGACCGUUUGAAGAAGAAGACAAACAAAUUUCGGAUGACGCCAGUGGCAGCAGUCGCGAAAUGAGAUUACACGAAUUGCCAGUUGUUUAA